AUGAGUGUUGUUCAAGAAUCUACCACCACAGGAUCAAAUAUCAAUGAUGAAACAACUUCAACAAUACAAAGAUCAGGUAAUGUUGCAUCAUUUACAUCAAGUCAAACAUUUACAAAAAAUUUAUCAACAAUUGAUACAAAUGGUAAAGUUUUUAAUGUUCCUGAUUAUUCAAUAAAAGAAAUAUUACAAGCCAUUCCAAAACAUUGCUUUGAAAGAUCAUUAGUUAAAUCUUUUAGUUAUGUUAUUAGAGAUAUUGUAAUGAUGGUUUUAAUAAGUUAUAUUGGUCAUAAGUUUAUUCCAAAAAUUGAAUUUGAAAACCAAACUUUGUCUGUUGUUACCAGAAGUAUUGCAUGGAUGGUUCAAUCAUAUUGUAUUGGUUUAUUUGGUUUUGGGUUAUGGAUUUUAGCUCACGAAUGUGGUCAUGGAGCAUUUUCAGAUUAUCAAAACAUUAACGAUGUUAUUGGGUGGGUAUUACAUUCUUAUUUAGUUGUUCCAUAUUUUUCAUGGAAAUUCAGUCACGCAAAACACCACAAGGCAACUGGUCAUUUAACAAAAGAUAUGGUUUUCAUUCCAUACACCAAACAAGAAUUUUUAGAAAAAAAUCAAGUUGAUAAAAUUUCAGACAUAAUGGAAGAAAGUCCAAUUUGGUCAUUUGGUACUUUAGUUUUUCAACAGUUAGGUGGUUUACAAUUAUAUUUAGCUACUAAUGCCACUGGUCAAGUUUACCCUGGUUAUUCAAAAAUUGGUAAAUCUCAUUAUACUCCAUCAUCACCUGUCUUUGACAAGAAUCAAUAUUGGUAUAUUAUUUUAUCAGAUAUUGGAAUCAUCACUACUUUUUUUGGGGUAUAUCAAUGGUAUAAAAAUUUUGGAUUAUUUAAUAUGAUGAUUAAUUGGUUUGUUCCAUGGUUGUGGGUCAAUCAUUGGUUAGUUUUUGUUACAUUUUUACAACAUACUGAUCCAACAAUGCCACAUUAUACUGCAAAAGAAUGGACUUUUGCUCGUGGAGCAGCAGCAACAAUUGAUCGUAAUUUUGGAUUUGUAGGUCAACAUAUUUUUCAUGAUAUUAUUGAAACUCAUGUUUUACAUCAUUAUGUUUCAAGAAUACCAUUUUAUAAUGCAAGAGAAGCAACUGAAGCCAUUAAAAAAGUUAUGGGUGAACAUUAUAGAUACGAAGGUGAAUCAAUGUGGAAAAGUUUAUGGAAAGUGAUCAGACGUUGUCAGUAUGUAGAUGACGAUAAAGAAGAUGCUAAAGGAGUGUUGAUGUUUAGAAACGUUAAUGGAUUAGGUGCUAAACCGAAAGAUUAG